UUCGACGGAACCGUUUGAAAGAUACGUGUUGUGCGUUGCGACGUUCUCUCGUGAUGAACGAACGGUGAAUACACGAAACAAAGCGUGAGUCAAAACGAGGCAAAAAGCGAUAAACGCGCGUCAGUUAGUGUAACAGAAACGAGGUUCCGUUGAUCGAUCGGCAUCGGAGCUGACAGCAUGUUUCGCACAAAGAAGGAUGUCGAUCGUCACGUGCAAAACAUCUUCAGCAAGCUGCAGAAUGACAACGAGACGCGUACGAUGCGCAAAACAGCGUGUGAUCCUCAUGUACCGGAGACUUCGAGUCAUCGCACGGAAGUGGGCACGAGUCGCAAGCGUAUCAAUGAUGGCGAAUUUUCGCGGGAAAAGAAAAAUCUUCGUUGUUACAAUGUUGCCAAAUUGUAUUAUCAAGUAGGUGAUUAUGAAUCGGCGAGAAGAUAUGUAUCUAGUUACUUAGAAGUGCGAGAUAGUUCUGCUGGUGCCCACAAAUUGUUGGGUCAGACCUAUGAGGCACUUGGUCAAAAGGAAGCAGCUUUGAAUGAGUACAAAACCUCUCUCGAGUUAGAAGCAAAGCAAGACGAUCUCGUUUUAAAAGUAUGCGAGUUACUAGUUGACACAGAUAUAGGAAUGAAUGUCAACAAAGUGAAGUACUGGUUGGAAAGAGCUGACAAACAAUUUCCACAUCAUCCGGUAGUUUUUCAAUUAAAGGAGAAAUUGUUGAAGGUAGAGAGACCAACCAAUAACUGUGAAGAUCUUGAGGCUCUUAUUGCAUCUGAACUGGCCGCAAGACCAACCGACGUCCAGCUUCGUAUUAAAUUAUUAUGCCAUUACAUGUCGCAAGGCAAAUUAGACAAAGCUUAUGAACACGCCGUCAGUGUAGAAUCUACUGUUUGUCAUAGAAACAGUAUCGUCUGGUAUCAAUUGCUUUACGAGUUACUAACAAAAUGCAAGGAGAGCAAAUCCAACGACUGGGCUUUUUGGCUUUUCUAUGUAUCUGUAUCGGAUAGAUACGCAGCACUUGCUCUCAAAGAACAGGGCAAUGAUGUGAAACUAAGUUAUACGGAUGCAGUUCAAGCAGUAUUCAAUUUUGAUCAAAAUUUGAACAAGAUGAAGUCAAAAUUUUCCGAACAGCACCCAUUCACGGACUAUUUGCUUAACCACAUGUGGGGUCAGUUGAAUUUUCAUCUGGCUUGUUUAUUGUUGCGCAAAACAAAACGCGAGCAGGGUAGUUGGGUCGAAGCCGGAAGACUGUGCGCGCCUCUGCUGUUAACCGCGUUGCAUAUGUCUCCUAUAGAUAAUCGUGCGAACAUCUAUAUCGAAAAUACCUCGUUCAAGGAACAUUUCAGUGUGUGGACGAGAGAAGCCGCGUAUCGAUGUUGUCAAGCAGGUUACAUUCUUCAAGACUACGCCAAGGAUGAUAUGAAGAGACUCAUGGAUAAAAUCGACAAGUUUUGCACAGGACUUUGGAAAGAACGUAUUUAUCAGAGAAUUUUCGUGACCAGGACGCACCUUGAUCGUAUGCGGAAGUCAUUUUUCUGCACCCAUUCUGUUCCCGACCCUCCUCUGCGUUUCUGCGCGAGCAAGCUGAGCCAUUACAACCAACUUGCGCAAGAGGUGUGGCCCGCGUCGUUGCAUCAUCAGAUCUGGCUCGGUCUGGAGAAUCGGCCUCAGCAGAAAGACGCUCCGUAUCCGGAUCAGUACUCGCACAUCUUCCCGGCGCUGCAGUUUUCGGUAUUCAACACAAAUCAGGCGGCGCCCGACAGUCUGUGUCUGAUCGACAUCGACGCGUUCCUGAACGCGGCGAUACUCUGCUCAUACGUAAUUUUAGAGGAACAACAGCUAGGCAGCUUUGUGAAUCCUGAUAAAUUACUGACACUACCGAUCGAUCUGACCACGACGUUGUCCACAAGCGCGCAAGAGAAAUGGUGGUCCGCCGCUUAUAAGAUGUGCACGAAUCGGGAGAACGUGGACGAAAACAUAGGCGAAUUGCGACAGGAAUUGCAACAAGGUUUGGAGAUUGUUCGUUGCAUCGGCAAUCACGGCAUGCAUCCGGUGUUGCUGGUGCAUCUGGCGCGCAUGUUCCAUUAUCGGGCAAAGACGAUGAGAGAGAAGGACGAGGAGAACGGCCAGAUUUUGAGAUGGGAGACGCGUUCCGAGCUGUACUGGACUGCCGUCAUACCACUGUUGGAGAGACUGCAGAACAAUCAGACGUUGCGUAUGUCUCCGUCGAAGUUGUUCAAUUAUCAGGGCAAGGACAUGAACAACAUCGAACUGACAAACGCGAUCGAAGAAGGCAAGCUGCUGCUGGCGCAGCGACUUAUUCGCGAAAAGCAAUACGAACGCGCCAUCGACGCUCUUCAAAUGCUCAAGUGUCCGGAAGCGACGUUUCAACAGGCCAAGAUCUACAAGAUAUUCGCCGACGAGAUAGUGAACUCCACUCCGCGCGAGAGCCUCACGUCGGAGAUGCGUUCGCAGCACGUCAUAAUGCUAUCGAAGGCGCGAAACUGCUAUUACCUCACACUCGACAGACUUCGUAGCCCCGGCAUGAAUCCCAAACAUCCGCUGAAUGCCGAACUCGGCUCUUACAUCACCGACAUUGAGAACGAGUUGAAGAGAAUAGAUCCUGAUCUGGGCAGAGGUGAUUUGAGCAGAAAUGACAUCGACGGUGUGUCGGACGAGAGUUAUUCGUCCGCUCACAGCGUCGGCGAACAGGCGGUCAACAAUUCGACGCUGCCGAUAGUAACGACUCUGAACAACAGUCCGAAUAUAUUGAGCACUCCUCAGAGAAACGUUCACCGCACGUCAAAACAAGCUACCAGCACGCCGUACAGACCGCAGUAUCAGGAACACCUCAAUCUGUCGAGGACGCGCAUGGAGGCGCGCCCAAGUCCGGAGCGUCUCGACGCUCAGAUACGUCAGAUGAUGCAGUCGCGUGACAACGAAAUGCAAGAGCUGACCGAGCAGAUGAAGAACAUGAUGGAGCAGACGAAGAACAUGAUGACUCAGAUGAAAACACUGACCGAGAAGAUGGACAGUUUGGCGAAGGAAGUGAUAGAGUCUCGCAAAGAAAAUCAGAAGCAACAGCAACAACAGCAGCAGCAACAACAACAACAGCGUGUACAACAACAGAACGUCAAUCCGCCUGUCGAUCCUGAUGACUUCUACAUUCUCGACGACGAUGAGUAUGCCGACUUGAACUACCAGAAUCAGUCAACCGGACCGGCGUCUGCGAUCUCCGGCAACAUAUUUGCUCCGCAGCAUCGACAAUCCUAUCCCCCUCUGUACCCACCCCCGGCAACUAUCUUCCAAGGAUAUUAUCAAGGAAUACCGUUCACCGACCCGAACGCUCAGGCUGGCUUGCCGUCCCUGUAUCCGCAUGUAUAUCCAAUGCCGGUGUUGUAUCCGAAUCAGUCUAAGAUGCCGGAGACUCCGCUGCAGCAAGGCCUGUUCGGAUCGGCCUUACCGUCGCAACUGUCCGAUCUCAUGUCGACGGCGACAGUGCCCGCCGCAACAGCGAGUCCGGCGAAUCUGCAGCUGCCGCAGAAAUUGGAGAUGCCGCGAGCAAAGUCGGAGACGGCAACGAUUAUCAAGGACGCGCCGGUGAACAAGACGCCGCCCGUGAAUGUGGUCAUCACGUCGUCCGACACGUUGCCGACUACGGCGCCGCCCGCUCAGCCGACUCUGAGCGUUACCAUACCACCACAGUACCGACUCGGAAGCGGACCAGUCGCCACUUUCUCCUCACCAAUGCCCGCCGUUGCAACAGCAACUACAGCGAUGACAGUGCUACCGACGACACCGACGACAACGACGGUUAAACCGUCGGUGCCGUCUAACGCGCCGCAUUGCUACCAGAUUCCCAUGCCGUCACAGGCCACUAUACCGACCACCGUUAACCUACCGCCGACUACUUUCUACAUGCCGCCUGGUGUCAACAUGCCGUCAACUUAUGUCAAUCCGACGUCCAGUCCACAAUUGUCCACAAUCACAAUCAAUCAGACAACCAUCAGCGGGGCUCUGUCGAGCGCUCAGAACAAAGCCGAUAGUGUCGUUAAACCUACGUACGAGUCGAUCGAGUCGUCGAACACAUCAGCGGAGUUGUGCGAGCAGGAACACGACCCGAUACCAGAUUUCGUGCCCGUCAUACCGUUGCCCGCUAAAGUGAAAGUUUUCACCGGUGAAGAAGACGAAGACACUUUGUAUUGCAGCCGGGCCAAGCUGUUCCGCUUCGUCGACAAGGAGUGGAAAGAGCGCGGCGUCGGUUACGUGAAACUGCUGCGCAACACAGAGGGCAAAGUGCGUCUGCUGAUGCGCCGCGAUCAGGUUCUUAAGAUCUGUGCAAAUCACAUGCUGAGACCCGAUAUGGAGUUGAUUCCUCUGGCGAAUAGCGACAAGGCUUGGUGCUGGUUCGCGAAUGAUUUCGCCGACGAGGAGAUGAAAAUGGAGAAGCUCUGCAUCAGGUUUAAAACCGCGGAUGACGCGACAGCGUUCAAAGAGGCCUUCGAUCAGGUCAAACUUACCUUAACAGCGUCGCCCGAGAAACCGUCUAAGACCGUCGAAAAAGUUUCCGUUUCUUCCGACACAUCCAAGAUUCAAAAACCGCAACAAGUCAAGAUCAGUUCAGCGACGGAAGCGGAUAAACCGAAACCGUGCGCGACAACGUUGGGAGGAUUUUCCUUCAGCUCAAAGCCUAUCAUUCAAGAAGUCAAAGACGCUGACCCGAGCGAGUUGAAGAAACCCGAGGAACCGCCAAAAGUCAAUCCGUUCAGUGUAUUUUCUUUCACAAAGCCAACCACCACUAAGUUCGAGACUGCUGUCAUCACAACUAACACUUCGACGCCUACCGGAUAUGUUUUCUCCGCGCCCUCGACAACGCCUUCGCAGUUGUCCGAAUUGAAUCAAGGAGCGGCCAUAUCUGCUGCUACAACGCCAUUUACCACGACUGGACAGAAUAUCACGCCACUGAGAAGACCUCAUCCGCCCGGCACAAGACCCGCUGCGUUGAUCGGCGAGGAAACUCUGCGAUCGCAGAACGAGAACGAACGGAAGUUGUUCAGUGAAAAAAUGAGUCUUCAUUGCCAAGACGUCAACUUGAAACAAUCGAAGACAAAACGUUCAGGUUUGCUGACGUUAUUGUUGGACACAAAGUCCGGCAAGCUUCGUUUGUUACUGACGGACGAUGGAAAUAAGAACGUCUACGGGCACGAAGUCCCGCUGGACAUGGCGUUUACGUACAAACCCAACACUAUGAUUGUCAAGUGGACCGCUCCCGAGGGCAAAGAAGCCAGCAAGAAGCUGUUGCACACAGCGACUUUCCGCACGCAGGAACUGGCCGCGCAGUUCUACAGCAUCGUGUCGAGUUGCCAACAGAAGCUAGCUAAGGGUUCCAACCCAGGCGAAGUCGCGAAGGAGCUCGAAAAAGGAGCAGUCCGAACAAGCGAGAACAAGAACCAAACGACGGACAAAUCUCAGUCCUUGUCGGAAAUGUUCAAACCGCCAGCCGGUUCCUGGGAGUGUCAAGCCUGUUACAACAGAAACGACGCCGCACAAGCAAAGUGUGCGUGCUGCGAGGCACCGUCGCCGUCGUUAGCGACAAGCAACAAAACCAGCUCGACUAAUAAACCUUUCGAUUCCGGUAAACCGCCACUGUCGGAAAUGUUCAAGCCGGCCGCCGGUUCCUGGCCUUGCUCGAGCUGUCUCGUUGUAAACUCCAAUACGAACGUGUAUUGCGUCGCGUGCGACACGCCCAAGGACCCGUCACAGCCGCCCAAGCCUCAGCAAAUCAAUAUCUUCCAGGUGUCCUCGUCCUCUUCCACGAUGCCGAUCACCACGUUUUCUUUCGGCAUUCCCAAAGAUGUCGCUAAGGACACGAGCAACACCGGUUUCAGCUUCCGAAUGUCCAAGACGGAGGACAAGAGCGACAAAACAACUCCGGUGAAAUCUGAAGAAACUGGUACUGCGAGCGGUUUCGUGUUCGGUGACAAGCAAACGUCAGUCAAACCCACCUCGAACAGCUCGUUCAUCUUUGGCUCGCCAAGCAAAACGUUCGGUUUUAAUUUCACGUCCAAGUCACCGGUCAAGUCGCCUGGCGGUGGUGGUGAAAAUAGCGAGGACGAAGUCGUGGAGAAUGACGAUAUUCAAUUCUCGCCGAUCGUGCCGUUGCCGGACAAGAUCGAGGUGAAGACCGGUGAGGAAGACGAGGAGAUGCUCUACAGUCAUCGGGCGAAGUUGUUCAGGUUCGACGCCACGGUGAAGGAAUGGAAGGAACGCGGACUCGGCGACAUCAAGUUACUGCGCCACAAGGAGACUGGCAAACUGCGACUGAUCAUGCGACGUGAUCACGUGCUUAAGCUGUGUCUGAAUCAUCUGUUGACCGCCGACUUGGAGUUCACAUCGAAGGACGAGAAAACGUGGCUGUGGACCACGGCCGAUUAUAGCGAGGGUGAGAUCGAAUACAUGCAGUUCGCUUGCCGCUUUAAAACGUCGGAAAUUGCGGAGGACUUCAAGAAAGCGAUCGAUAACGCCAGACAAAAUAUUAAUUCGAUCACCAGCAGCAGUGAGAAAGCGAACAAACCGGUAACAGCGAAAACGCCGGCGAAGAUCGCCGGCUCGUCAGCCGAAGAGAUCGAGAUCGUUUACGAGACGAAGGUCUCGUCUGAAGAAAAAGAGGCCGCCUUGAAGCUACAGCUCCCAGAGAACUUUUAUGCUUACAAACAAAAAGAUGACUGUCCCGGCUGCAUAGGUUGCAAAGAACCGAGCAUUGUGCUGUAUUCGGAUGCUUGUUCGCAAAGUUCGACAAACUGGAGGUCUCCGUCGAAAGAAAAGCCAGUUAUCUCGUCGAGAAACGACUCCGUCAAACUCGCUUCGAGCACAGCUUCAUUGGUGUCGAACGACUCCAAGAUCACUUCAGAAACCGCUCAGUCGAAAAGCGAAUUUCCCACCCGCACAACAACGUCCGGCACGACGUUCAAGGUACCCGCCUCGAACAUCUUUGAUAGCUCCACGAUGAGCUUCGGUACCGGGGACCUGAAACUGUUUAACGACAAGAAGACUAUGACCUACUCGUUUGGCAUGAAUCCUCAAUUCAAUGUCAAUGAAACUGAAAAAACGACGACGACGACGACGACUACGACGACGGCCUCGCUCGAGAACGCCAAGAUUUGCAGUCCUUCCGGUAUUCAAAGCCCGCCGCCUCCGACCGCUUCCAACGUAAUAGUCAGCACCGCGGGCCAAUCGGUAUUCAGUCAGGCGACACCGACCGGCGGGUCUGUAUUCAAAACGUCUACUUUUAGUUUCGAUACCGGCAAGAACAUAUUCGGCGGUACCUUGAACACGACUUCGCCGUCUAUCUUCGGAGGAAACUUCAACAACAGUCCCACCAAUGUCUUCGCGAAGACAACCUCCGUCACAACCACCAGUACGACCAACUCCGUGCAAAGCGCGCCGACGUCUGGCAUUACUAUGAAGCCUAAUUCGUUCCUGUUCUCUUCGCCAUCUUCCAAUGCUAACGACACGACCAAAUCAACUGUCGAUCAGCCUAGUCAGUCUACCAAUUCGGUGUUCGGCACCGGAACCGCGCCAUUCCCCAAGAUGACGUUUGGCAACGCUUCGUCGUUUGGCGGUUCCACGCAGACGACAAACAUCUUCGGCGUAACGCUAACAACUACGGUAUCAACAACUACGUCUGGUAUCUUGAGCGGAACGAUGACUGCAACGACGACUACGAACCUAGGCGGAACAACGCAGGUAACGACAGUACCAAACAUCUUCAAUAAAUCAUCAUCAACAGUCUUCGGCGAGGCGCCAACGGUAGCCAAGAACCUCUUCGGCGGAACGUUAGCAACGACGACAACGCCGCCGCCGCCGCCGCCGGCAACGACCAACAUCUUCAGCACGGCGGCGACAACGACAGCGUCGAACGUCUUCAGCGCGCAACCAUCGGACAACGCUCAGAAGAGCGAGGAAAGCAAUCUCUUCUCCAACAAUGGUAUAUCGUUCUCGACGCUCGCCGCAGCGGCGGCGCGGCCGGAGGCCUUCAAAGCGGAUCCCAAUUUCAAAUUCGCCGGAGCGGGCUCGUCAGUGUUCGGCUCGAAAUCGAACACAUCGUUAAACAGCUCGACGAAAACGUCGCAGAGCGCUUCAGCGCAGAAAGAGGACAACGAGGAAGACGAGGAAGUGGAUAACGAGCAAGAACACGAUCCUCAGUUCGAGCCCAUAAUACCUUUACCAGACGCUAUUGAGGUCCGAACUGGCGAAGAGGAUGAAGAGAAAGUGUUCUAUCACCGAGCCAAACUGUAUAGGUACGACAACGCGACUAAAGAGUGGAAGGAACGCGGAAUCGGCGAGAUGAAGAUCCUGCAUCACGCCGGCCACGGCACUUACCGAUUGCUGCUGCGUCGGGAACAGGUUCACAAGGUGGUUUGCAACUUCCUGAUCACUUCCGACGUUGAGUUCAAACCGCUCUCGACGUCGGACAAGGCCUGGGUGUGGGCCGGCAUGAAUUACAUCGAUCAGGAACCGAUGGUCGAGCAACUGGCCAUUAAAUUCAAAACGUCCGAGCUGGCCCAACAGUUUAAGACGCAUAUCGACAAGAUACAGCAGGAAUUGCUCGAGAAGAAAACCGUUCAAGAAGAAGAGCGUUACAUUAUCGAGGAGAGCGAGGAACACGAUCGGGGAAACGACGAGGAAGAAGACGACGGGGAAGAGGAUGACGAGGAGGAAGAGGAAGACGACGAGGACGAGGACGAUCAGGAGAUGUUUCCCAUAAUCGAGAAACGCGCUACCGUUUAUUGGAAAUUCUCCAAGGAGGAGAGCAACUGGACGCUCAUCGGCUUGGGAAACUUGGCGAUUCAUUACGACUCCGAGAUCUUCGCAGAGAGGAUCGUUUUCAAGCUCGACGAAUCGGACGAUUCUGCGGUCAACAUCAUCAUCUGCGUAGACAGUGUCAUGGAGGUGGACGGCAAAGAGUGUACGUGGAGCGGAAUCGAUUACGCCUUGGAGGUUCCCACGAGAAGAAUUCUGAGGGCGGUUUUCUCGUCGGAGCAAGCGGCGCAAGAGAUAUGCACGUUUUUCGAGGAUGGAGUGGUCAGCGCGAAGCAAGCCGGUGUCGUCGAAUAUCAAGAAUAUUGAAGACAAACGAGCUGUAAUAGUAUAAACCGCGCGCGCGAUUGGCUGUUACUAAGUAAUUCUCAUUAUCUUCCUACUUUAGUAUAAAUUAUGUAACCAGGUUGUUUCACCUCGCUCGCAAGCUGCAACGAAUAACAGCAGAGAGUGUUGCUUGAAAAAGAAUACAGAAUUCUUUAGACAAAUUUUCUACCGAAAAAAAAAAAAGUCGAGCUGUUUCUCGAGAGAUUUCAUUGAGGAAGAUCGGUUUCUUAUUUUUUUAUCUAUUUAUUUAUUUUUUUUUUUUUUUAGAAUUUGUUUUCGUUACUUUGCAAACUGACUCGCUCAGAAAAAUACGCUCGAUUUUUUUUUUUUUUUUUUUAACUUAAAGUUUACCGCACGAUGCUUCUUUUGCGCUGGAUUGCGAGUGUAAGAUCGAUUGCGAUUUUUGUCAAAAAUAAUUGUUCGCGAUCCAGCCACAAAAAAGAUGGGCUUAAUGUGUGCCGCAGGCUUGACAUUAUUCAAAGCUUCGCGAAGAGUUUUUUAAAAUUUUUCUCCCAAAAUCUCACGCGUGACAACAAGUUUUAACUCUGGCGAUUAGUAUGAUCGAAGAAACAUGUGAAACAUCCGAAAAAAUUAAGAGAAUUCCUGGUUUUUAAUAGCCUGAAAUAGAAGAACGUACAUUCAUCUUUACAUAACGUACAUACUCUACUCUUCUCCUCUUUCUUUUUUUUUUUUGUUUUUUUUUAGACUCGAGUAACGAAAUCUGAUGAAUUCGAUUAUUUAUCAAGUGCACGUUUAUGCGAUCAGUUUUGUGUCGCGAGCAAUAUUUAUUAAAACUGCACGAGAAAAAAAAACAAAACAACAAACGCGGAUUACACGUCACAUCGUUUAAGUUGAUCAAUUUUUUUAUACUAGUCUAAGAGCGUUGUUUUCUCUUCUUUUUUCUCGUAAUAACAUGUGAUAUGUGCCAACUAGAGAAACAAAAAACGAAACAUUUUUUAUUUAACAAUGGAAGCAUUUCACACACACACACACACAUACACCGAUUAUAAGUCGAGAAGAAAAAACUGUCCUCAAAACUAUAUAUUUUUUUCAAAUUAAAUGUACUUGUGGACAUUUUGUCGACGAUGCGAAGACACGCAUACAUGCUCAGAAUACAGCCGAUGAUACACACGAUAGCACAAAAAAAAAAAAAAAAA